AUGGAUACGCGGUCAACGAUUCAAAGAACGGAAACCUUUUUGUUCACCUCUAAAUCCGUGAAUGAGGGCCACCCCGACAUGUUGUGUGACACGAUCUCCGAUGCUGUCCUUGAUGCCUGCCUCAAGCAGGACCCUGACAGCAAGGUUGAUUGCCAAACGUGCCCCAAGACCAACAUGGUCAUGGUGAUCGGAGAAAUUACCACCAAGGCCAAUGUAGACUAUGAUAAAAUUGUCCGUGACACAUGCAGGUCUAUUGGAUUUGUGUCUGAUGAUGUUGGUCUUCAUGCUGACCAGUGCAAGGUUCUGGGCAACAUUGAGCAGCAGAGCCCUGAUAUUGCCCAGGGAGUCCACGGCCAUCUCACCAAGCGCCCAGAAGAGAUUGGUGCCGGUGAUCAGGGCCACAUUUUUGGAUAUGCCUCCGAUGAAACCCCUGAAUUUGUUGCCUAUAGAGAUCCAAAGCCUCCCACCUUUGUUGUUACAUGCAUGGGAUGA